AGCACGGGAGCAGUGAUGCACUGGUAUCAAGGGCAGUACAGACCCGGAAUUUUAUGCAGAAGCUGAAUAAUUCGGCACGUCUUCAUGAACACUGACUGAACAAAUGUGGGAAGAAAAAAAAAGGGCAUAUUUCUCUCAACUAGGCAACUAGAUUACUGGACGAUGUUUUUGCUGGAGGAAAAACUGAGGUGGAGAAAAUAAAAAUCCACAAUCUGAGUGAAGGUAAGUUAGGUGAGUGAAGAAAAAAAAUGUCCUCUCCAGGUAUCAAACCAUCAGUGCCUGUGAGCAUGGUGUACAUCUCCAUAGAGACAGCUAUUGCCCUGGCCUCUGUGCUGGGGAAUGUGCUGGUGGUGCUGGCAGUGUGCGUGAACCGGGCCCUUCGCAACACCACCUUCAGCUUCAUCGUGUCUCUGGCCGUGGCUGACAUCGCUGUGGGAGUUUUAGUCAUCCCUCUGGCUAUCGUUAUCAGUUUGGAAUUUAACACUCAGUUCUACACCUGCCUCCUCCUUUCCUGCCUGCUGCUGAUCAUCACUCAAAGCUCCAUCCUUUCCCUGCUGGCCAUAGCCAUCGACAGAUAUCUGCGAGUCAAAAUUCCCACCAGGUACAGCAUCAUUGUGACUCAGAGGAGGGCUUAUGUGGCAGUUUGUCUGUGCUGGAUCGUCUCCUUUCUCAGUGGCUUGGUUCCAGUGAUUGGCUGGAAUAACCAUGAUGCUCACAGAAACCUCAACAGCUCUAACGAGAUAGUUUGUCAAUUUACCGAAGUUAUUACAAUGGACUACAUGGUCUACUUUAAUUUCUUUGGCUGCGUGGUGGUACCACUGACCAUAAUGAUCAUUCUGUAUGUGGAGAUUUUUCGAUUGAUCCGGCAGCAGCUUAACCGCCGUGCUGAGGCCACCUGUGAUGGAGACAGGUAUUAUCGGAAAGAGCUGAAGCUGGCCAAGUCAUUGGCUUUAGUCGUCUUCCUUUUUCUUUUGUGCUGGCUGCCAAUACACAUCAUGAACUGCAUCACUUUCUUUUGUCCACAGUGUAAAAUACCCAUGCAUGCCACAUAUGUAGGGAUUGUCAUGUCCCACGUGAACUCAGCCUUGAACCCGAUGGUUUAUGCAUUCAGGAUAAAACGCUUCCGUCUCACGCUAAUCCAAAUCGCCCGCCGUUACAUUUUGUGUAAACCCCCAGAGCCCACCCCGUGCACCACCAGUGUUCCAGGCAUAACUGAGAAAGAGAAUGUAAACAUGUAACAAGGACCGCAGCAUUCCUUUCUACGCCGCUGCCAGUGGGAGUGCAUCAACACGAAUCAUGGAGUCACAUAAACACUGGAGACUGACUCAUUAAAGGACACAGCAGUGCACUUCCAUGAGUGAGAGGAAGCAUUCAUUUUUCAUUUUGAUACAUUUCUUUUAAUCACAGCCUCUUUAUGAACAAAAAUAACUUCCAUCAGUUUGCACUAUUAUGUUUCACUCAGUGCUUUGUUAAAUGAUAAAUGUUGAAUUUAAUUUUUUUUCUAAAUAAGUGACACAAUAUUUGAUGAUAAAAUAGUUCACUAUAUUGAACUUUGAACAGUAUUUAAGACACAAAUCUCACAGACUGAGUUGAGGGAGUUAAAUGUUUAUUUCAUUAACUCAUUCAUGAGAAGCUAAGCAGGUAUUUUGUUUUAACCAUUUGUCAUCUUGAUUAUUCUACAAAUAUGACUUGAUAUUUGGUGGUAUAUAUGCAAUGAAAUAUUAAAGCUAUUUCUGUAAAUAAAAAAAUGAAUAAGAAUAAGAACAAAAUUAUCAAGGGAAAAAAAAUUCAGUUGUUAACAUUUUAUAGUGCCAUACAGUAAAACUGUGAGAAAAACUCAAAGGGUUUUGACAAGAAAGCAAAAUGCUUCACUUUGUAAGGUUGGAUCAACAUCAUCACACUUCAGUGGGUGCUGCAGGGAAUUCCUCAAACACACAUUAUGGUCUGUGCCACAUAUCCCUUUCUGAUUUGCCUGUACUCUUUAAUCUGCUAAUUAUCUCAUGACUCAUGAAAGAUAACACUGUCAGCUCAUUCAAAUUUCUAUUGUUUUCCUCUGAACAAGCCAAAUACAUGGCAAUGUCUCUUCAAAGUGUGGGUGUUAUGAUAAAAUGAUGGUCCUGACUUGAAAACAAGAAUUUCCUCGCAUAUAAAUCUAAUUUAUCCUCUGUAGGUUAAACACAUGGCAAGCUCAGACAGCUAUGAGUUGUA